CUGCUGGUCUGUGGAUGACGAUGAAUGAAGUGACGUUCAUGAUUUUUAUAGUGUGAUGAUACAUCCUGUCAAAGUGUUAUUUGGGUGGUAAUUUAAUACACUUUGCGUACGCCUUUAUAGAUAGAUUCUUAUACCUCAUGUCUAAGUCGGUGGUGGUGGUUGUGUCGGUUAAUCACACGGAUUGGAUACAUAUCAUCAUCGUUGAACAUCAGGAGAUUAUUAUGAAACGGGUGUCAGGAAGCAAAUUUUCUUCCUUCAUUCCCCUUACGGCCGGUGACUGCGAGCGAGGGUGGUAUUUGGUAUAUCGUGUUGAUGGAUGGUUCGUUAUGGCUUGCCGUUGUCGAGAGCCUUGUUUUAUCGGUCAGGUGAUAAGUUGAGGAUACUCGUACUUUCUUUUGCAUUGAAAAGGCAAAAAGGAUUCGCCAGUGGUCAGUUCCUUAGAAGCGGUCGUUUAAAGAGCUUAUACGUGCGGAUGUCUUUCGAUAUUUUGAUGUGAUUUUUUUUUUGUAUCUAUCUGUUUUGUGUGUCAUUUUUAUAAAUAUAUGCAUAAAUAGUAUUAAAAAUAUGCAGCCGAUUAAUAAUAAAGGGUUUCAAAGAGUUUCACCGAAUUCUCUAUUAGGAAUGAAUUCAUCCGUUGUGCCAACACAUAGACCUUCGUCGCCGCGGCAAUUUUUCGAACGUCUUUACGGGCAUUUAGAAACAACUCCAACGGUGAAAAAUAGUAAUGAAAGUCCGAAACAUUCGAAUCAGCCAAUGGAGGUGAUAAAAAGUGACGACUUUACAAAACAAAAAUUUGAUCAUUCGUAUCAAAGUGAUUUAAGUUCGUCACCCGAUAUAGUUAAUGAUGAAAGGCAAUGUGAUAAUAAUUCUGUGUAUUCCAACUAUCCAACGGAUUCAUCUGUAAAUGGUUUUAAUCCGAAUCAUGGUCCAUCGGGUCAAAUUCCCUAUUUAUCGGAUAGAUUGCAUGGUAAAUCGGCUUUUGGAUUUCCUUCGGAUUCACAUUUUCCCGUUGGACUAACAGCUUUUCUUGCCAGACGUCGUCGAAAAGAAGGUCGACCCCGACGACAACGAACAACUUUUAGCACAGAGCAAACACUCCGGUUAGAAGUAGAAUUUCAUCGUAACGAAUAUAUAUCAAGAAGUCGAAGAUUUGAAUUGGCAGAGAAUUUGCGACUGACAGAGACACAAAUCAAAAUUUGGUUUCAAAAUCGACGUGCCAAAGAUAAACGCAUUGAAAAAGCGCACAUCGAUCAGCAAUACAGGAAUUUCGUUGUUGCAAAUGGUUUCAUGACAUCCAUAAUGGGACAAAAUGUUUAUCCCCCAAUUAUAUCGAAUCUUCAUCAGCACUUCCAUGCUCAAAAUGGUCUUCCAUCACGAAUGGUUCCUGCAGUACCUAUGUCCUCAACACCAUCCACAAAUCAUCAUCAUCAACCACCACCACCAACAUCCGCGCCUAAUCGUAACGAUCUAAAUUACAAUGAAAUAAGUGGCUUUUAUAAACAUAACGCAGUUAACUCAUGUUAGCAGUAAUUUUAUUGUUUAAUUAUGUUUACUUAUACUUUUUAUUACCUUUAAUAUUAUUUUAUGUAAUUUUAUAUAUCUAAUUGUCGAAAUUUCAAACUAAUGAAUGAACGCACUCAAGUGCAUUAAUGUCCAGUGCGGGGGCAUUUAUUUUGUAUAAGUACCUUCGAGAUACAUUCAGUUUUCUAUAUUUUUGAAUGAAAUAUUUCUUUUGUAUCACAAUAAUAGAGAUGUAAAUAAUUUUGAUUUUCUUUUUUAUAUUGAUAAUAAGAAUGAUAUUGUAAGUUUGAUGCCUAUUUCCAAGGAAAUCUAAGAUGAAAAAAAAUAAUAAAACGAGAAG